GUUUUUGAAGAUGGAGCCAUGGUUUCCGUAGGUGGCUAUAAUGUUAGCUCGCUGGUAAGCUAGCUAAAGUCGCCUUACGUUACCCGCUGGAAUAAUGAAAUAAACCUAAGUGUUGCUACGGUUUUCACAACUGAGAUGGAAGGAGAUGAUUUGCAUACGUUUAGAGAGCAGUGGGAAAAAGAAUUAAAGAAAACGACCAAGAAUGCAAGGAAGAACGUCACUGAGAGUACGCACUUCACGUCAACAAACGAAGACACUAAAAAUCGCUAUUUCGUGGACCAUCAAAAAGAAUCUGUGCACACAAGAAACCAGAAUAAAUGUGUAUCUGAGCCCCAGGAAAGCAGCAGCAACCAAAGUUCGCGGGAGGAAACUGAAUGGGAAGCAUCAAGUGACCCCACGUCAGUGAAGUCUGCAACUGAUCAACGGGACCCAAAUUACCAACCAGAAUAUGUGUCGAUAGCGGAGGGUCUUUUGGACGGCAGGACCAGUCCAUUGCGGGACAGAAUUCAGGCUGAGAGGCAGCGAGGGAAGAGGCAGCUUGAUGUCGGGGCAAAUGUAAACCACAGUCGAGCAAUCCAAAAACAGCCGCAGUGCAAAGUGGCUAGAGGUGACGCAUUUGUGGAACAAUUAAUUCAGGACUUGAAUGAAAUUAAUGAUAUUCCAUUCUUUGACGUGGAGCUACCCUAUGAGUUGGCAUUGAAGAUAUUCCAGUAUCUCAGUCGGGCAGAACUAGGGCGGUGUGCUCAGGUAAGCAAAGCUUGGAAGGUUCUGGCUGAAGAUGAGCUCCUCUGGUACAGCCUGUGUUUGAAGGAGGGCUAUCACAGUGAUUCUGGUGUCUCUGACUCUCCUUGCUGGAAGAGUACCCUGCGAGACUGCCUGGAAAAUGAAAGAGACCUACGAUACAACUGGAAGAAUCGCAUUGGAGCGAUCAGCCACCUACAGUACGAACUGGGGAAGGUGCUGUGUGACGCUGGCUCCUGUGCACAGUAUGUGAUUGCUGGGUACACGUCGGGGGACGUCCGGCUGUGGGACACCCUGCACUGGGACUCCGGGGCCUCGUACCUGCGCCCCACUCACCUGGCCAUGGGCGUGGCCACAAGGCCGCACGUGAGCCAGGUCAGCGUCAACGAGACCGUGGCGGCCGCCGCCUACGACGACGGGCUCGUGGACGUGUGGAGCACGGAGACCGGCCAGGAGCCGGUUCACCACUACCAGCACCUGCGGACGGUUCACGCCCUGGCCCUGGGGUCAGAGGGCGCCGCCGUGGCGACGGCCUCCGGGACGGAGGUGCGAGUGGACUGCCCCGUGGAGAAAGGCUACUGGAGGACACUGUGUCAGGUGGAGCUCCCGAAACCUGUGGAGUCUCUGCUCCUGGUCCCAGAGAAGCGGGGCGCGCCCCUGGCGGCGGCGUCCGCCGGCGACACCGUGUACCUGCUCCGGCCCGAGCGGGACCCCGGAAUCCUGCACUCGGUCUACGGGCACCCGGUCACCUGCCUGGACGCCGACCCGUCCCGGGCGGCCCUGGGGGUCAAGAGCAGCGGCUGGGCCAUGCACGACGGCGGCAACAAGAUUCACGUGUACAGCUUAGAGACGGGCCAACCGGAAGCUUCCGUGGGCAACUCUGCGGGCGACUUCACCUGCGUCAAUCUGAGAGACAGCCCCGCCCACCUGCUGGUGUGCGGCAACAAAGACAGAAGGGUGCGCGUCUUCGACCUGCGCUGCGGCGGCGGCUCGCCCGUGACCUCGCUCUACGCCCACCACCUGGGCGUGACCGUCGCGCAGGCGGACGACUGGAAGGUGGUGAGCGGCGGCGGGGAGGGGCUGGUGUGCGUGUGGGAGAUGAGGACCGGAGCCAAGCUGUGGGAGAGCCACAACAGGCACCCCGUACGGCACGUGAGGUUCGGCCCCCGCACCCUGGUGACGGCCAACGUCCCGGACGAGAAGUCCCCCCGCGGGGCCUGCAUCACCGACGAUGACCUCACCGCCCACCGCAGACACAGGGGGGUCAUCUGCCUCUACGACUUCUCCGUGGACACUUCCACUGCCGACCACGUCCUGCCCAUCUGCCGGUCCGGCUACGUGGAGUCUUCCGGAUACAACUACAACAUCGGCCUGGCGAUGCCGUAUGACGCCCUCGCGGGGGUGCAGGCUUCCGUGUGACUCGCCGUGGCCAAUCCUGACUGAGCACCCGCCGGCUGCAGAACUGGGCCUUCCUUUCAUUUCGAAACCUUCCUCACCAAAAUCUUCCCCCUCUUUUUAAAGUCACUAAGUUAUUUUUUCCAGGGUGUUCUUCUAAAAGAAGAGUCCGCUCAUGAACUGCAUGGAGGUCUAUGGCAGCGGAACUCUAUGGCAGUGGAACUCUAUGGCAGCGGAACUCUAUGGCAGUGGUACUCUGGUCUCAUUUUAACAGGAACUGCCCUGACCGAAUCACUUCUGAACCCUGCAACCCCCCUCUCAGAAUUUAGCAGUAGCUUCACUGCCGGUUAAAUGGUCUGAUUCCAUGUUUUUUCAGGAUAAAGUUAUGGAGCAGGAUACAGGUGGGGCAGUGAUUAUUUUGGGGAAGGUGUCAUAAAUUGAUUCAUUCAGCAGAUACGAUUCUGUCUGGAUCUACUUUAGGUUGGCCACUAUGUGCUUUGUCAUUAAAUUUUUAACAAAAUCAAGCAGCAUUAAGCUUUUCUAUUGCUUAUACAACUAUAGCACUACAGUGUUCCCUGAAAUGACUGUAAAAAAUGACAAAAACUGUAAGUAAUAAAGAAGGCAGUGCUCGAUCAGUCCAGUCCAAGUUAAGCACAAAGCACAUUGUGGCUUGACUGAAUCGGUGCCUCAAGUUUUGUGUAACUGAUGGUAA